AACUCGGAGGAGGAGGUACGAGUGGCUCUGGACCAACUUCCUAGAGACGCAACUGAUAUCCUUGACAUUCUUAAGGCAAAGCACACACUGAAGAAUCUGAGGGUGAAAACCAGCCCUACCAAUACUGAGUACAAGAUCACGGGUUUGAGUGAGAAGCCCUGCAACGAGCAACUUUUUUCCCUAAGGCAAAAGUUGAAAGAUGAGAAUGGUGAAUUUGAGACUUUGGAAGUCACUGUUUAUGACUAUUUUGUGAAUUAUCGCAAAAUCGAAUUACAGUAUUCGGGUGAACUUCCGUGUGUGAAUGUCGGGAAGCCUAAAAGGCCAACUUUAUUCCCCUUGAGCUGUGCUCAUUGGUCUCUCUACAACGCUAUACAAAAGCACUCAACACGAUGCAAAGAUCCAAUUUGGUGGAGAAAUCCCGACAAAAACCUCAAGAAUGAAUGA